AUGUCCAACCCAGGCAGACAUGGCCAACCACGAGACUCACUAGAACUCGCUUCUCUCGCCUCGUCAUCGCCUGGCUCUGCUGGUUCCUCUCGCUCCUCUUCCCCCGACGGCAUCUCCUCCUCCCGCAAGCUCUCCCUCGAAGAUGAAGACCCCCUCGCCGCGUCGCAUGCCGACGCAGAGCUAGAAUCAGGCACGAGGGGUCCACGAUCCUACUCGAUUUCCUCUGCUUUUGACUUUGGACGCACUCUUUUCCCGCUAUCGCAAACCCAAGGUGGCUAUGCGCCUCUCGGUACCCCCUCCGCCGACAGACCAGCAGAUGGAUCAUUGGAGCGGAACAAAACGUUGACUUACCUCAAUGGCCUGUCGCUGAUUGUCGGGUUAAUCAUUGGAUCUGGAAUCUUCUCUUCGCCUAGUCAAGUGAAUGCGAACGCAGGGUCGCCUGGCGCCUCCCUCAUUGUUUGGGCUGUGGCGGGUCUGCUGGCCUGGACGGGAGCUGCAAGCUAUGCAGAGCUGGGAGGAGCUAUACCUCUGAAUGGCGGAUCGCAGAUUUAUUUGUCGAAGAUUUUCGGAGAGCUACCGGGCUUUCUGUUCACUUGGUGUGCCGUGCUGGUUCUGAAACCUGGGUCUGCGGCAAUUAUCUCGAUCAUCUUUGGUGAAUACAUCGUGCGGGCAUUUGUCGGCGCUGACGUUGGUGAUGUCAGCCCAUGGAUCAACAAGGGCGUUGCAUUUGGAGGACUUUUAACGGUGACCUUGCUCAAUUGCAUAUCCACCAAGUUUGCCACCCGCAUUGGCGAUCUAUUCAUGUUCUUCAAAUUUAUCGCUUUGCUCGGCGUGACCGUUAUUGGCAUCAUUGUGGCCGUGACGGGUCUUUCGUCUGGAGGUGAUGCCAGUGAAGAGUGGAAGACCCAUGGCUGGUUCGAGGGUACCAACACGGAGAUCUCUGAUUUCGCAGUGGCCUUGUAUGCAGGCCUCUGGGCGUUUGACGGCUGGGACAAUACCAACUACGUGACCGGUGAAUUUAAGAACCCAAAUCGCGACCUGCCUCGGGUAAUCCACACUGCCAUGCCCCUGGUCAUCCUGUCCUACCUGCUUGCCAACGUCUCCUACUUCUUGGUGCUUCCCCAUUCCACCAUCGAAGCAAGCAACACCGUCGCCGUCCAAUUUGGCAGCAAAGUCUUCGGCGCCGUUGGAGCCCUGGUCCUCGCCCUUGUCGUGGGAGCCAGCUGUUUUGGCGCCCUGAACGCAACAACUUUCACCAGUGGCCGCUUGGUCCGGCUGCGCCGACAGUCCUGGGCCCGCAAAUCUCUCUCCCGUGUCUUCGGCGAUGAAUCCAGACUUGGUCUCACGCCUAUCUAUGCCAUGGCCUUCAACGGUGCCUUGACGGUCAUCUAUAUCGCCGUGGGUGAGUUCGGUACUUUGGUCACUUUCUACGGCGUCGCCGGGUACACCUUCUACUUCCUCACUGUGCUCGGCUUGAUCGUCCUGCGCAUCCGCGAACCCCAGCUCGAACGCCCUUAUCGCACCUGGAUCACCACCCCUAUAAUCUUCUGCUGUGUCAGCCUGUUCCUUCUUAGUCGGGCUGUCAUUUCAGAGCCCCUGCAGACGCUCAUCGUUGUUGCUUUCAUCAUCACCGGCGUACCAGUCUACUACUGGCGUAUUCAUCAGCGUGAUGGCCGCAUUGAUCUCCCCAACUGGAAAUUCUGGAAGCGGUCCCGCUGA